AUGGGAUUUGGGAGUUUGUUAGGGAUGAAGAUGAUUGACGUACCGUUGAAGAUUGUUUAUUAUGUUCUUGAUCAUUUUAAUUUUGAAUCUUUGAAGGUGGAGUUUGAUAAUUGUGAAGUUAGUGUUGAUAGUAAGUCUGUUCAAGAGAUGUUAGGAUUACCAUCUAGUGGCUCAUUACUUUCAAAAAUGGAUUACAUUUCGGAGAAUAAUGAAGAGAGUUGUAUGUUUGAGUGGAAGAAACAAAGAGAUACUGAUUUAAGUAGCAUUGACUGGUGCGAUUACAUUGUGGAUUGUUUGGUAAGGACGAAGAAGGUUUACAAUCCAGAGAAAGAAUCUUCUUUCUUUUAUGGACCAGCAGCAUACCUUAUGUUGUUGUAUGUGGAUACUUUAAAGUUUGAUCAUUUGCAAGUCACACGUAAACGUCUAACUAUUUUUUAUUGGACGUCAGAGAAGAUAAGGUUUCUUGAGAAUAUUUUACAAGAGAGUGGAGGAUUUGGAUGUGGAUAUGUUAAUGAAGCAUAUGUUGAAGAAGAAUUUCAAGAAUCUGAGUAUAAUGAGGAGGAAUCUGGUGGUGAUGAGGUUGAAUCUGAUGGUGAAGAGGAUUUAUGUGAUGAGGAUGAAGAAGAUUUUGAUGUUAAUAAAGUUAGUGAUGUGGAGGUGUAUGAAAGUAAAAUUUCAUGUAUGUAUCAGAAGAUGGAGGAUUUGAAAAAUGAUCUUGUUGUAAAGAUAGAUGAGGGAGUGUUGAAGUUUCCUCAAAGUCAAAAUUUGAAAAUUUGGAAAUUAUUAUUUCCUGUUGAAGAUUUAAGCACAGAAAGUUUUGAUUUCCGUUAUGUUUCACAAAAUUAUAAAGAACCAAUAUUAACACCUGGUUUUGUUCAAGUUAAUGAUGAAGAUUAUGGGAAUGAUUUUCUUAAUGAUGAUGAAAAUGUUGAAGAUUAUGAUCAAGGGAAAUGUUCUGGUGGUCAGGGGGAUGGAAGUGGUCCACAUGAGGGCAAUAUUGGUAAAAAUCAUGUUGAAGGUAAAGGUGAUUAUGAUGAAGAUGAUGAACAAGGAAAUGGAAGUGGAUGUAAUAAAGAAGAGGCCAUGAAUUUAAAUUUUGUUGUCGAAAAUGUUACUAAGAGUGUGGGUCUAAUUGAUAGCCAGGAAGGUGUAUCUUUUAGUCAAUUUAUUUGCGAUCCAGUUGUUGAAAGUUUUCUUAAAACUUUGGAUCAAGGUACUGAUGGUUGUUUAAAUCAGAAACUAGUUGAAGAUGAUGUGAAUUUGAAUUUGACUGGUAUUGAUGAUGGGACUGUAAAUUUGGGUGAGGAUGAUCAUAUGAAUAAAGUAAUUUCAGAUCGUACUGUUGAUAAAAUUAUUGUAGCAAAGAAGGAUGGAGAAGGUGAAGAUGUUGAAGAUUGUUCAAAUAAAAAUAAAGAUGGAGAAAAUGUUGAAGAUUGUUCAAAUAAAAACAAGGAUUCAAAUGAGACUCGAUCAUUGAAAAAUGAUCUUGUUCUAAGUUUUAGUCUUGGAUUUAGUCAAGAUUCUGAAGGUUCCAAGAAGUCAUCUCAAAGUCAAAUUUCUUCUGAACGGAUGACAAAGAAAAAGAUUAAGGAUAGAUUUAUUUUGGGAAAACCAAGUGCUGGUCCAGAGUGUAUUAUUCCAAAUGUUGAUGUUAUUGAUGCUAGUCCAGUUUCUUUUGCACCCCCUUUGGAGAAAUUCAGAGAUGUUGUUAAUUCUCCACUCAGAUUGUUCAUGAAUUCUGACACUACUUUGUCAUUUGAAUAUUCUCAUUUGAAUGAAACUGCAAAAUAUAAAGUUUUCAAGGAGAGCUUCUCUCGCAGUGUUUCUGGUGAUAGAGACUUGAAGGUUUUGAAGGAUGUUGAUAUGAAACAUGCUUUUGAGGUUAUCGAUAAUGGUGCAGAUGAUGCUGAUUUCGAUGAUAAGUAUGGUGCAGUUUUUAAACCUCUUAUAUGUAGUAAAGAUGUGUUAUGUUCAAUGGAGAUAAUCUUUCUAAGCAAUGGUGGAAGAGUUCUUGGAGUCAGCUACAAUAUGUAUGCAAAUCUAGCUAGGAAUAUGAAGAACAAGAAUCUUGGAAAAUGGGGAACAUGA